AUGGGUUUUGUUAAAGUUGGAGACUUGCUUGAGCUGAAUCUGAAAACGUCUGCAAACGUUCAGUUGAAGUCUCAUACUGUUGAUGAGAUUAGAGAGACGGUUGAAUCCGACAAGUUACUUAAACCAAUAUUGUCACCGGAAGAAGUUCCAGUGUGUGUGCAUGGAACAUAUAAGAAGAAUUUGGAAUCCAUCUUAGCAUCUGGCCUAAAGCGUAUGAAUAGACUGCACGUUCACAUUUCUUGUGGCUUGCCAACGGAUGGUGAAGUGAUAAGUGGCAUGAGAAGGGAUGUUAACGUCCUAAUCUUCCUUGACAUCAAGAAAGCUCUUGAAGAUGGGAUUGCAUUCUACAUUUCAGACAACAAGGUGAUUUUGACUGAAGGUGUUGAUGGUGUAGUGCCUGUUGAUUACUUCCAAAAGAUUGAGUCUUGGCCUAGUCGGCAACCAAUUCCUUUCUGA